UUCGGUCUCGACCUAUAGUCACGAGACGAUACCUUAGCGUAUUUCGGAAAAGUGUUGGGUUGCGUGGUUAACAAAGAUAGUGGCCUUUCGUUGGACCAGUUUGGAAAUAAGACGGGUGCUGAUUAUAAGCUAAUCCCUCAUAAUGAAACCCGUUACAAACAGAGGAAUCGUUGAACUGAAUCCAUCAUCCACCGAAGAGGAAGCGAAAAAACUUUAUGAUUCUUGGGCAGAAAAUUAUGAAGUGGAUUUAGUUGAAAAUCAUGGCUAUAAAGCACCACAAUUGUGCGUGGAAGCUUUCAACAAAGCCAUACAGUCUGAAGAGAUCUUCCCUGGUGCAGACAAGAACAUGAAGAUCCUUGAUGCUGGAGCUGGUACAGGUAUGAUUGGUGAGAUGCUGGUUAAACAAGGCUAUACAAAUAUUGAUGCCCUAGAUAUUUCGCAGAAUAUGUUAAACGAAGCUAAAAAGAAGAAUGUUUACAAGCGACUCAUCUGUGCACCUUUGAGUGAUGUUCGCAUAGAGCAGAUACAGACCGCUGAAUAUGAUGUGACAUUGUGCGGAGGCACCAUUGUUUAUGGUCAAGCCAAGCCUGUGGCACUAGAUGAGUGUAUACGUCAUGUAAGACCAGGUGGUCUGUUCAUCUUCACUCUCCGAGCAGACUCUUUCGACCCAAAGUAUGGUUACUGUACCAAGUUUGAUGAGUUGGAGAAGGCGGGAAAAUGGAGACUUGUGAACAGGGAACUGCGAGAGCUGUACACCGACCCACAUGAAGAACGCUUCAGGGAUUGUUACUUGAUCACUUACAAAGUGAUCCAAAACUGACUUCCAAUGCAUUAAAAAUAGAGCUUGUUGCUAUUAUAGUUGUCAAGCUCAGAAAAUGAUUGAUUUGAAGGAGAAGUGUGCUCCAGAAACCAUUUAAUUUUCAUUUCCUCUAUUAGGCCGGUCGUACUUGAUGAAAUUUAAUUUGAGAAACGUCGAUAAAUUAAAAGUUGAUAAAUAAAAACAAUUAUUAUGCGAUAA